GCUGUAAGCAAACCCUUAGGGUCCACCAGAGAAUCCAUGCUGGAGAGAACCCGUACAGCGGUCCUGGCUGCGGGGACAGCUCUUGCUCGCCCGUGCAUCUCAUGCUGCACCAGCAGACCCUCAUGGGGGAGCGGCCCCAUACUUGCGGUGAGUGCGGAAAGAGCUUCCGGAGACGCGGGGAUCUCCGCAUUCACCAGCAAACCCACACGGAAAAGAGGCUCCACGUGUGUGAGGCUUGUGGGAAGAACUUCAGGCACCGGCAAUCGCUCGUGAGGCAUGUGAGAACUCACACCGGGGCAAGCGACUGCGGAGAAGGCUUCACGGUGCCCAAGCAGCUCCGACGGCAUCGGCAAACUCGCGCUACGCAGAAGCCCGCCAAGCACACGUGCAGCGAGUGUGGGAAGGGCUUCCGGAGGAGCGAGAACCUGAAGCGCCAUUUUCACACGCACAUGGGGGAGCGCCCGUUCCCCUGUACUGAGUGCGGGAAAAGCUUCAUCCGGAAGCAGCACCUGGUGACACACCGGAGAAUCCACCCGAGCGAGCGGCCCUGCCUGUGCAGCGAGUGCGGGAAGGGCUUCGGGACGCACCGGGUGCUGAAAGUUCACCAGCAAACUCACACCGGGGAGAGUCUCUUCGUCUGCUGUGAUUGCGGCAAGAGCUUUCGGCACAAGCAGACUCUGGUGACGCACCAGAGGACGCACGCUGGUGAGAAGCCCUAGGGCUGCAUCCUUUGUGGGGAUGCUGUCAGGACCCUCAAGAUGCAUCAACACAAGCACACAGGAGUCCGGGAAGAGCUUCCAGAAGGGGGAGAACCUGAAACGUCACUAUAAGACUCACACGGGAGAGAGACCUUACUGGUGCACCCAGUGUGGAAAGGGCUUCAUUCAGAAGCAUCCUCUCCUCCUGCACCAGAGAACCCACCAUGGGGACAGAGCACAUGUGGCUGAGGGAUAUGCACCCAUCUUCCCCCAGGGUGAGCGUCUGCAAUGUCCCCUGGAAACUCACCUGUGCGCGGAAGAGCUGAGUGGGAAGCUCCCAUUCCGGGUGGUCAUGGUCGACAACUUUCCUUUUCCUGGCAAUGAGGCACUGGGGUAAUAGCCCAUACGGAAGGAGAUGGCAGGUGAACAUCUCAAUCAUUGGGAACUGAAUCCAGGAAAAUCUUUUGUUGAUAUUCACUCACCCAAAAGAUAUUGGAGACGCUCCCAAUUUUCGUGAACGUCUAACGAGCCACAAGAAAUCCAGGGUAACCAUUUACCCCUUCUAAAUAUGGGAAGACGCACAAAUACAUAUCUGGGGGAGAACUCCUCCUCAAAGUUGGCUGCCUUCUGGACUUAGGAGUGGAAGGAACUCUUUCAGGUGUAUGAACUUCUGAUCAGCCAGGGAAGGCUGUCUGCUUGUUUCUGAAAGUCACUCUCUAUGAACAGUUCAGCACAAGGGAGCCCACACAGGAGAGAGGCCAAAUCAAUGGACCAAUUGGGUGUAUGACUGGAAAUCACUGAGCAGAGUAAUAACCAAAGGGAGGAGAAAAAAAUGUCUAGUGUGGGAAAGGGGGACUCACUAGAGACAACAGGCUGAAACGGAGCAAUGGUAAAUGUAGGCUGAAUAACAGUCUCCGAAAGGGAGACCUACUUGUCUGUGACACAGUCUCCCAGAGGAAGCUGUGGAAGCCCCAAAGCUGGGACCUUUUGAAAGAAAAUUGAGCAAAGCCUGGGGGAGCUUUGCUGCCAGGGAAAAGGGGAGGAGUGGUUGGGGUGGCUGAAUCUCUCUCGUCUUCAGCUGCAAAAUCAAGUUACCAUCCGCAGCAGAGCAGUGAAGGGAGAAACCAGGAUUCAGGUACAACAGCCGGAAAUGAAAACCAAACCCAGCCCACCUCCUGUUAGAGAGGGUGCCCAGGUAAGGCCAGAUCCUCAGCUGGUGUGAACCGGUGGAUCAACAGUGGCCUCAAAGGAGCUAUGCGAGUUUACACCAGCUGAGGAUCGGGCUGUCCUUCAAAGCGGUGCCCAGAGGAAGGACGUGAGUUUGACAACGCGCCAAGUAAUCGCCCUGCAAAUUUCAGGAGUGCUCCUGAGAAUGAGUCCUCCUCAAAUCUAUAGGCCAAAGGCAUCCCUGAUGUAAAUCUCCUGACUUCAGUGGCAAUGCACCAGUGAUUUGUUUGGCCCUGAGGCUCAUACCAUAGACAGGAGGUGACUAGUUGCUAGUGUUUGUGUACAUUCUGCUACUUAAAGAGGCGGGUUGGCCGGGGUGUCGCAGACAUGCCAACCAGUCGUCCCGCCAAACUUCUUGGGUGCAGGACAUCCCCUGUGCUUUGUUUCAAGGCAAUGAAACUUUGGUACGUUUCUAAUUGAUCUGGAGACAAGACCCGACCAGGGGGUACAGACGGGUUUUGUUUCUUUCAUAGCACCCAUCAUGGAGCACCCUAAAGGGUCAAGUGGAAACACACCCAGUAACCCCAGAUAGGCUGAAGAAAGCUCCUUGUCCCAGCAGGUGCAGAGGGAGCCUCAUGGAACAGGAUCUCUCGGUCCUGAGGGCCUGUUACAAGAGGCAGCCCCUGCGAUGCUGAGCUCGUGGGAUGAAGCUGGGAGGCGGGCAGACACCACGUGAAGAAGAGCCAUAUAAAGAUGGGGGGCUGGGCUCCUCAUGGCGCUGAGCAUUCUGCCCACCCGCCGGUGCCAGGGAGAGCAUGCAGGACCGCCUGGGAGGGGCUCAGCGCCCAGCACCCUGGAUUUCUUUUCCAGAAGAUGCACAAGUCGGGUGCAAGUGAGAGGUCAGCUCUGACCACCAGCAGGGGAGGUGGGCAGAGGAGAGAGCAGGCAUUGGAGGAUCCCUGACCUCCACAGGUGCAGUGCAAGCCUGGAACGUGUGGGAGAGGGCCAAUAAAUAGACUGCCCUCAACAGGAGUUGUGGCUGAAUUUUGUCCAGCACGUCUAAAAGUGAGAGAAUUGCGGGGGAAAUUCAGCCCACGCAGAUGGCCUAUGCACCACUCAAAUCCCACUUCAGCCAGCGGGAGCAGAGGCGAGUUCCCCCCGAGGUUCUGCCUGCGCUAGGAGCCAGGGCUGGGGUGCCCCGGCGUGCGCGAGCGCUCAGCGAGCGAGCACAGGUAUCACUAGCUGGGUGGCUGCAGCAGCCCGGGUGGCACGACUGAGUCGGGCCGGUCACAAACGCGCCUGAAAGCAGCGGGUCUGUGUUCUGCAGGGCUCAGCCGCGUCCCCGCUACCCGUGGCUAUUGAUACGUGUGCAAGCUUGGUGCGAGCAAGCACGAGUGUGCAUGCACAAGCAGGAGACUCGUGCCCCUCGCUCAUAGAGUAGACCUAGCUUCAGCGAGCAGAGCUCCCAGAAUGUUGUAGCCACAGAGGCAGGUAUGUUGUGAGCAAUGGCUUAGGAGCCCUGAGCUGCUGCGUUCUGAGGCUGACUCCCUUGGGGGCUUUGGGGAGAUCGCUUACUAUUUCCUGAUCGGUCAGUCGCAGAGCUGAUAGCAGGUUCCCACCUCCUGCGGGGGUUGGGGGUUAGGAGGGUUAUCUAGCACUUGAGCGCAAAGUGCAUUUGAGCUAGGUAUUCUUGGCUCGUUCCGCCCUGAGGAAGUUGGCGGUGGACCGGAAGAGCAAUCCGCGUAGCUGGGGUGGCUUGACGCUUUGGGUGGUAUCCGUGUUCUGUCAGAAUGGGCUGACACCGAACCGAAACAAAAGGGGGGAAUCCUAGAGUAACCCUCAGCUGACUGCUCUCCACGUGGCCUUUCUGUGGCGGGGGCUGGGGGGUUCUGAAUCAGGUUUGCUGGGUCUGGCUUCUUGGGUCUGUUCUGCGCUCCUUGGGAGCUCAGCUGUGUCGACUCUCCUUGGCCCCCUUAACUCAGCCUCCCCCCGGCCCCCCAUUGGUGGCAGCACAAGUAGUCCCUGUACUUGUGGGGACAGUGUGUCUAGGGGUCCGAGUCGAGGACUGAAGAUUCAGAGACUGACUUUUGAUAAAUACGGUUUUACGGGGAUACUGGGGCGUGGGACAAAAAGCAAAAAACCCGUGGGGCUAAGUGACCCUCACCUAAAUGAAAGAGGGCUCUGACUGGCUCAAGGCACAGGGGAAAUGCAGGUCAUAGGUCUGAGUCCAUCAGGGGCCCAGGAGAGCUUCCACUGGGGUCUGUCGCUCUGAUCAAAAUGAUGGUGAAACUCCAGGGAGUUGCUGUGCAUCACCUGUGCCACUGUACCCCCCCCCCCCCCCGUGCCAACCACUCUACUAAUCCCAUGACUGCGCCCCUCUGGCCCGCUAGGGCAGUUAAACUCAGCAGGGUGGUACGUGCUGUCUGGCCUGACUUUCCCUCUGAAAGGGGCUGAGGGUAGGGUCUUUUCUGGCCAGGGACCUCACUCGGGGAACUCCUUCCCCAGGAUAUCUGCCAGAGCCCCUCGGCGCUUUGCUGUCAAGUCUUUACUAUGAGGGUCAGUCCAGUCUGGACAUUCUGGACUGCCAUUUUUUCCACAAGGAAGGAAAGAGGGACUUGGAGUGGGGGUCAGGACGCCCCAGGUAUUUGUGUGUGGGACCCUGGCCAGCCGCUUAAUCUCUUUGUGCUCCACUUUCCCCAGCUGCAGCCAGAGUAAAACUCAGCUGCUUGAAAGCAGGGUAGUGAGACUUAAUGAAGCAUUUUGAAAUGUUUGGACAAAAAGCACUUGGGAAUGGGAAAGCUCCGGGGCCUGUUUUAUUUUCUACUUUGUCAAAAGAACCAGACACUGGACCUAGAACUUGGCAAUGAACAAUAACAUCAAGUAGCCCUUUCCCCCAGGCAGUGGUUUUUUACACUCCUGCUUCAUCCAAGGGAUUGGACAGCUCCACGAGUAUUUCGAAAACCAAAUCUUCAGCCCCCUGAUAAAUGCUUCCAUUUCCCACCCGGCUCUUCUCUGUCCUUGUGCAGCUGAGAUGCUGCUUUCCCAGGUUUAUCGCGAAUCGCUCUAAGGAGGGGCGCAGGGUAAGGACUUGUCUCCAUGGCAAAGUUGACAGGCAGAGCUAUAGUGGUGUAAUACCCGUGUAAUCCAGCUCCCGGUGAGAAUCACAUGGCCAUGGACAGUUACUCUAUCCUGGGUGUAUUGUAUCCUCCCCGAGAGACAGGCGAGGGGCCUGUACUUUUUUUUUUUCUUCUUCUUGUGCUUCGGCAACACUUGUAUCAUGACUCGUCGUGCCAAUUGAGUUUCAGUGGAUUGAUCGUACGCAGCAGGUGCUGCUGUGCAAGGCUGAAGCCUGGGGCUAGUGAGGAGAGAACAUUUGCACCAGGAGGGGUAGAAAUGCUCAACCAGGCAGGCCACGAUGAACUUACAGCAACAUCUCCCAACCUUUGGGGGGAGCUAUCAGGUACCAGCGGCAGAAUACCAGCCCCUGUCUGCUGCCUCCCAUUCGCCUCCGACCUGCAAGGAAGUUGAGCUGCUCCUGGCCCCAGGCUCAUGAUCACAGUGCUGGGGGGUGGGCAGCAGUGUGGGUGCCACGGCUCCUGCACAGAGGCACAUCCCUAAGGAGAGGGGGUAGCGGGCCUCUGGUACCAGUAGCGCUCUGGUAGGCCCCAAACGUGUGGCUAUCUCUGCAAAACUGGUGGUAUAGAUCACGUGACACUGAAUAUGCUAAGGGAAUUUCUGGAGCUUUUUGCUUUUGACCGUCCAUCCCCAUUCAAGUCAAUGAGUAAAUGGGCAGCUCAAAGUUUAGGUUGAAGACAGCUUGUAACCAGUCUGCUGUAGGUCUUGCUGAUACUGGUUUUACUUUGAGUUUUUCACUGAAAGUUGGUUUCGACCUUACCCUGUAUUCGACAUACAGCAGGGAAUCUGCUUUACGUUAAGCUUUCUGGAGGGGCGUGAGUACCAACCUCAAGGCAGACCAUUAAAAACCCGGGCACAAACUCCAAGUUGGCUGUGAGUUCUAUACUUAGGUUUCACCAACCAAGUAUAAAUUCCUCACGUACUGUAACAGUCUUACCAUGGAGUUUCAAACAGUCCCCUUGGGUACUCUGGUCUGUCUUGCCACCCAAGCAAGCUUGCCUGUGUGAAAGAUGGUCACUUACACCAAAAAUCACAACAAUAUUCAGGUUAUUCCUAGUCCCAAAGGACCAGUCACUUCACCCAGGUCAAUUGCACUUUAGAUCUCACACCGAAGACAAGGCUUGUAGCCAAUCCUAGAGUAAACUACCUAGAGCUUUAUUAAGUAAGGAAAAGAAAUGGGCGUUAUUUACACGGUUAAAGCAGGUAAACAUGCACGCACAAAUGAGUUCCGGUCCUAGGUUUCAGGAGGUGAUAACGCUGCUGUAAUAUGGCAGUGCUAGACAUUUUUUAGGGCUAACCCAGAUAACACAGUCGGGGCUCCGUUCCUCAUGCUUAGAAAUUUUUGCCCUCCCCAAUCUCAAGCAGCUGGGGGAUCCCAAGUUCUCCUGGGUGGGGCUUUUUAUUCCCUUCUCCCCAGAGUCCAAGCUGCUGGGAUCAUUC